UUAAUUCUAAGACUUUCUAUUAGAAUCUUCAUUGCAGAUAAAAAGAGAAUUCCAAUAUCUCCUCUCGCGACCAUAACCUUCCCGCCGUUAAGAUGGAAGCCGUCGGAGCCGUGGCUUCAAUAGCAUCGCUUACUGAGAUCGCCGUCAAGUCAUUUCGUGCUAUCGCUCAGCUAGUCAGAGACGUACACAACGCUCCAAAGGAAUUCUCUCGCCUGGCUCAGCAGCUGGAUGUUCUUCAAUGCGAACUUUCUCUAUUAUGCGAGUUUGAGCGACAAACAAUAAAAAGUGAUGAGCUACUUCUGCUCCCAACAGAAAUCAGGCUCCUUGAGCGAGCCCUUCUUUCUGCCAAUGAACAUAUAUUAGAGCUUUGUAGUCACUUUGACAAACUCAAACCACAGACAUAUAGCCAUAAAGCUAGGCUGCAGUGGGCACUUAAGGACAAACCGCAGACGCAGGAGUUAUUGAGUGGUCUGAGCCACAUCGAAGCCAGCUUAACAAAUGUCUUGCUACUGCUCAAUAUCCGUCUAAGUUCUAUGUCUUUCAAAGUGGCCUCAUCAAUGAGAGAAUCUCAUAAGCUCAGCAUGCUAGGACAAUACAAAGGAUCGAUAAAUGCCAAACAAGAAGUCUACGAUGGCCUGUCGCUGCCUAGAAGAACACUCUCAUCUCUUUUUGAUCGCGAUCCUCAAUUUCAGAAUAAGUUUUACGGAUCGUGGUGCUCAGCAGAUAACCCGUUAUUCGCGUGGCUGGGUAUCCAAGUGCUGCUUACCACAUAUGGUAAUGACCUCCAUAAUACUCUCUUCCUCUAUAGCAAGUUUCAGCUGUGGAGACUGCUAGGCUCUAAAGCAAUCUAUUUUAAUCUAGGCCUUCGUGCAUUACCUCUUGCUAAUUUGGGGUUCUCGAUACUGCGAGGGGGUCUUUCAGUUAGGUCUAUAGUGCCUGAAGGGUCAGAGCUGAUGAAGGCUUGUCAACAAGGGGAUGUCCUGACAGUCAGAGCAUUGUUCUCUUCUCGCAAGGCAAGUCCCUAUGAUGUAACGUUAUCAAACUCUACACCUCUACGAUAUGCCAUUGAAAGUGGAUCCUUAGCUCUGGUUAAAUUUCUCUGUUACCACGGUGCUGAUGUCAACACCACAUUUGGAAAAUUUGAGACGAGCCCUUUAGAGUGGGCUUUUAGAGCAAGACAGAUUGAAACUGCACGAUUCUUCCUAGAAAAAGGGGCUAGUCUUGACUAUCUCUGCUAUCGGGGUUGGACGCCAGCUAUGCUGCUAUUUCAACCAGACUUUCCAGAAGUUCCUCCACAGUUCUUUGAACUGUUAACUUGCUACUCUUUUACCGACUUUGAUGUACAAGAUCGAUUCGGAUCAACCGUCCUGCAUCGAGCUGCUUCAUGGGGAACAGGUGCAGAUGUACAUGCCUUACUUCAACUUGGAGCAUCACCUAUGUUGACAGAUGGAGACGUAGGAUGGACACCUAUAUUUGAAGCUGCAAGUACUAAUAAUAUUGACGCUGUAAGGCGGAUUGCAAAGGAUAUGCCUCCGGAUUUUGUUCACUACGUUGACUUUAACGGCUGGACUAUACUCCAUGUGGCGAUUGAGGGUGGCGGACUUGAAACAAUUACCUUUGUACUGGAACUAGGCGCCGAUCCAUUUCUGCCUGUAAGAAUCAAAUGUGAGGAUACCGGUGUUGCAGAAGAAAAAUCUGUUAUUGAGUUUGCAAGAGCUAAGGGGGAAACUACAUACCGUCACUUUCUAAAGGCGCUGCAAAAAGUAGGGCAUAGCAUUUCUAGUGAAAACGAUUUAGAGGAAGAGGAUAUAUUUUGGGAUGUAUUGGAGGUUAAGGUGGUUUAAAAUACGCUUAACAUUUG